CAGAGCUGACAUGAACAUCUUUACUAAGGUCCCAGGAUUAGCCCAACAAACCAGCAAGCUGGGGUCUGUGCUCCAACGUGCCUUCUACGGGUCCAGUGGGAGGGUGACCCUUUUCGAGCAGAGGAACUUUGCCGGCAGACGGCUGGACCUGAGUUCUGACUGCUCCAGGCUCAGUGAAAAGAACUUCCCAGAGAGAUGUAACUCUGUGCAGGUGGAGGGCGGAGCAUGGAUCGGUUACGAGCACGACAACUUCCGGGGCCGUCAGUACCUGUGGGACAUGUCCGAGCGGGGCGAGUACAACUGCUACGACAAGUGGUGCGCUCAGGUGGACCACGUCUCCUCCGUCCGCGCUGUCAAACAGGACAACAACCCAGCCAGAGCUCAGCUGUUUGAGCGAGCCGGCUACUCUGGUAAGAAGAUGGAGAUCCAGGACGACAUCCCAAACCUGAUGAGCCGUUACAGCCUCAACAGAGUCGCCUCCAUCCGCGUCCUCGGAGGAGCGUGGGUGGUGUAUCAGGAGCCAAACUACAGAGGACCUCACUACGUCCUGGAGAAACGCGACUACAACAACUUCUCUGACUGGGGCAGCCAGAACAACACAGUGGGCUCCAUGCGCAGAGUCCGCUUCAACUAAACACCGACACCACCUGAUCCGAGUCCUGC